AUGGGUGUAUGGCGUGGUCCUUUGGCGAUUGUCGGGGUCGUGGCCGUCUCACUCCUCAAUCCGGACAGGAUCAUCCGCUUAGUUUCGCGCUUCGACAUUGCAGACAGCCUUCCGCCCUCGACUGGUGGAACGACUAGCUGGGGCAACAAGCUCAAAGACAUGGGUUUGAGAUACCACCUCGGAGCAUCAUUCGUCGUGGUGGUGUCCCCAGAGGAGCCUCGUGACAGCGAGUGGCUCGCGAGCGUCUUCCGCAAAAACACGGACGUGUUCCGCACGAUUGUAUUUGAGCACGGAGCGCUCAUCUUCAGAGGGUUCGAUGUUCCUGACGCGCUUUCGUUCGAGAAGGUCGCUUUGGCCGUCAACCCUGAGUUGGAGACUGUUUAUCGAACUUAG